AUGGUGGACACGUGUGCUUUGAUCCAAGCUCCUUCACAGGGGAAAAAGUUCACGUGGACUAACAAUCGUCGCAGAGGAAAUGUUGUAGUUGUUUUGGAUCGAAGUUUUUACGAUGCGAAUUGGCUGGAGGUGUUCAAGAAUAUUAGUCAAAAUGUAUUGCAAAGAACAACCUCGGACCAUGCCCCUGUUCUGGUGGUCUCAGAUGCCAUCCCUAAACCAAGUAAUAUUCCUUUUAGAUUCAAUAAUUUCUGGAUGAAUAAUGUGAAUCUUGAGGAUACUAUCAAGGAGGUGUGGAAUAAGGAGGUGUCAGGAAACCCCAUUUUGGUGCUUUCUCAGAAGCUAAAGCAAGUAAAAAUUUUUAUUAAGAGCUGGGCCAGGAAUAAUUUCCUUAAUGUUGAUGAAGAAGUAAAGAAAGCUUCAAAAAAUCUGGAUUCGAUUCAGGAAGAAAUUGAGGCAUCAGGGAUGACGGAUGAUCUGUUUGAUAGAGAGGCAAACGCUAAGACAUAUCUCUUGAAAGCAACUCAAAUGCAAGACAGUUUUUGGUCUCAAAAGGCCAAACAGAGGUGGAUGAAAGAGGGGGACAGGAACUCUAAAUUCUUCCACCUCUCUGUACAAAUGAGACGAUCGUGA